AUGCCUCCGCUGUGGUUGUAUAAGCUGUACUCGCAGAAAGGGGUCCUGCUGGCACUGAUCAAAUGUUCCGUGUUCGUUUAUAACUUGGUGGGGUGGGUCAUCAUCCUCUGUGUCUUUGGCGUGCCGUACCUCCUGUUUCUUUCGUACCGUUUGGGGGUGUGGUUGUGGUUGAGUUGCCGACAUGGGGGAAAAGUGGAGCUGAUGGCUGGGUGCGAUGCAAUAUAUACUCUGCGUUCCGUCGAUCGACAUAAUUCCAAGGCCAUUGUCGUCGGUUGGAUCGCCGUCGACGGGUGUGUUGACAUCUGUAACUUUAAGGAGAGGAUUCGGAAGCGCAUUCAGGAAGAUAGAUGGUUUCAAAGAUUGACUUUCUGCUUCCAAUUCCAUCUCGGUUUUGCGGUUUGGAAAAAAGACGAAACCUUCUCUGUCGAUCACCACGUGAAGCUGAUUGCGGAACCGGAAAGGACGAGUUUCAAGGAUUUGAUAGAAGAACUACAAUGUCAGGAUUUUGAAGUGGAUCAGUCUCCCUGGGAAAUUCUGGUAUUGGGGAGUGGGGAAAAGACGACUUUGAUCAUCAGAUGGCAUCAUUGCUUGGCAGACGGACCAGGCAUGAUGAACGGGAUAAUCAGACUCAUCUUGGACGAGGGCUCUACCUUUCCAACAAGCAAAAUCCCAGAGAGAAUUGCACCGAAUCUCAAAACUUUCUUCACGUUCCUCGAAAGCAUUUUCCACAUGCCCACAAUUUUUCCGUGGUUAUUUCUUAUCCCAGAUAGAAAUCGUCUUUCUGUGACCCAUCCGACCAAGAGGAAGAGAAUUUUCUUUUCGGAUCCGUUGCCUUUGGAUCCAUUGAAGCGUAUCGCUAAGACAUUGGCCUGCACUAUCAACGACAUCUUCAUAUCUUGCAUGAUCCAGGGAUACAAAGAGACGCUGUUAGGGUCGACAGACACGUUAUCGGUGGCAAUGGCCGUGUCCCUGCGAGGGGAGUCGCCCGAGAUCUGCAAUCGCGCAAUCGCGAUCCGGACCCCGUUUCCAGUGAGCCUCGACGGCGACGCCCGCAUCCACGAGAUCCGCAAGAUGACUCGCUGCCUGAAAUCAUCGUCUGACAUCCUCUGUACCUACACUUUUAUGCACACCACAUCCAACGCGCUGCUCUCGUGGCUGUUGAAUUUGUGCAGGAGAGUGAAGAUAUCUGGCGGAACAAGCAAUAUGCCCCUUUCAUUGCCCCCCGAUGCCAGGGUCCAAGAUCUGCCGGUUUCUUCCGUAUGUGCGUUCGCGCCCACACUCCUGGAGAUGGGUGAUUCGCCUUCUUUUGGCAUUCCUAGGAUAUCGCCGACGUAA